GUAGAUUCUUAAUAUGUCGAACGUCGCUAUCUCGAAUUUUUCGUUAUCUCGAACUACUUUGAAUUCCCCUUGAAACUACUAUUACACUUAAUAAUGUUUUGCUCUCGAUAACUCGAUAUAAAAUUAAUCGUUUUUCGAUAUCUCGAGUUCACAAAUAAUACUUUUAUUACGGUUAAAACAGGAAUUGUGCAGUAUAGCGAUUGUGAUUUAGCGUGUUGGUAGUUACGUUUGUAGUCUUUCGUAGUUCGUUUAUUCGUUUGUAGUGAAAUGGAAAAGAAGCGUAAAUUAAAUGUUCUUUCAAUUUCGGAUAAAGUUCGUUUAAUACAGUUAGUUGAAAAGGGUGACCGUAAAAAAUGUGAAAUCGCCAAUGAAUUCAAUAUUCCACCAAAUACAUUGUCGUCAAUUAUUAAACAGAAAGAGAAAAUAAUGAAGUUCAAUUGUGGAAAUAUGAAAAAAAUGAGGAUGACCCCUUAUUUGGACAUUGAUAAAUGUUUGCUAAAAUGGUUUACUCAGUGUCGAGAUAAAAACAUACCAUUAAGUGGAACAAUUUUACUUGAAAAAGCAAACGAAUAUGCACAACAACUAGGACACACUAAUUUUAAAGCUAGUAGUGGAUGGCUUACAAAUUGGAAAAAAAGACACGAUGUAGUUUUUCGAACUGUUUGUGGAGAAAAAGCUUCAGUAGACACACAUUGUUGUUCAAAUUGGAUUAAAAAUCUUCCUGAUGUCUUAGCAGGUUAUUCUUCUAAUGAUAUUUUUAAUGUCGAUGAAACGGGCUUAUUUUUCAAAUGCUUACCAGAUAAAACAUUAAUGUUAAAAGGUAAAGAAUGUUCGGGUGGAAAAUACGGUAAAGAGCGCAUUACAAUUAUGAUAGGAUCAAAUAUGUCUGGAACUGAAAAACUAAAAUUAUUUGUCAUUGGUAAAGCAAAGAAGCCUAGGUGUUUUAAAGGAAUUAAAUCUUUACCAGUUGACUAUAGGUCAAAUAAAAAGGCUUGGAUGACUUCGUCAUUAUUUAGUGAAUGGCUUUUAAAUUUUGAUAAAAAAAUGAAAAUAGAAAAUCGAAAAGUUCUACUAUUCAUAGAUAAUUGUACAGCUCAUAAUCACGAUGUUGAAUUAAGUUCCAUUAAAGUACAUUUUUUACCACCUAAUACAACAUCUAUACUUCAGCCUAUGGACCAAGGCGUUAUACAGAAUUUCAAAAUGUUUUAUAGAAAAGAAAUAAUCAGACGGUUAGUCGAUAAUAUCGAUAACAACGAAUCAUUUUCUAUAAAUAUACUUGAAGCUAUAAGAAUGUCUGAUAAGGCUUGGAGAAGUGUAACACCACAGACUAUAUUGAAUUGCUUCAUAAAAGCCGGUUUUAAAGACGGUGAUAUAAUUGCAUUAGAUAACUCAACUACUAUUUCUGAUGAUAAAUGGAAUUUUGUUGCUGAUCAUCUUAAUUUAGAAGACAAAAAUUUUUCACAUUAUGUGGAAAUAGACAAUAAUAUUCACGUAUGUGGAACAUGGACAGAUAACGAAAUUUUAUCAGAAACCAUCGAAAAUACCAGCGAGAGUGAAGACGAACCACAAAAGGAGGAGGAAGUCAUUUUUACCCAAGUAACAAUUCAACAAGCUAAAGAUGCUUUAAAAACACUAAGACAUUUUGUUGAGACUACUACAGGUAUGGAUGAUACAGCUUUUUCUGCAUUAAAUAAUUUGGAAGACGUCGUGGCAGAAAAAAGUAAUAUUAAGCAAACUUUAAUGACAGAUUUUUUUAAAAAAAAAUAAUUUAUUCAGUCAUUUUUAUUUAUUUUAGGCAUUCGUAUUAUUUAUUAUUCAUAUACAUUAUACAACAUACAUUUCUAUUAUUUUUUAUUUUUUAAUAAAACUCGAUAUCUCGAAGUUUUCGAUAUCUCGAACUUUUUUCUGUUCCCCUUGAGAUUCGACAUAACGAGAAUCUA